GGGCGCUCUCGGCAGCUCCGCCACGACCGGGGCUACCUGGUGACCCAGGACGAGCUGGACCAGACGCUGGAGGAGUUCAAGGCGCAGUUCGGGGACAAACCCAGCGAGGGCCGGCCCCGGCGCACGGACCUGACGGUGCUGGUGGCUCACAACGACGAUCCCACCGACCAGAUGUUCGUCUUCUUCCCGGGUGAGCGGGGCUGGGCUCCAGAGGGACCUGGCCAGGCUGGAUCCCUGGUAGAUAUGGCUCCCAAAUACAUCCUGGAGCAGUUCCUGCAGCAAGAGCUCCUGAUAAACAUCACAGAACACGAGUUGGUCCCAGAGCAUGUUGUCAUGACAAAGGAAGAGGUAACUGAGCUGCUGGCCAGAUAUAAGCUGAGAGAGAACCAGCUCCCGAGGAUACAGGCCGGGGAUCCUGUGGCCCGGUACUUCGGAAUAAAGCGUGGCCAGGUAGUGAAGAUCAUCAGGCCGAGCGAGACUGCGGGCCGCUACAUCACCUACAGACUGGUGCAGUAACCCGGAGCCGUCGGGUGUGGAAGAGUUGUGUGGCACCUCCUGAUCUUCCCGUCCGCGCGCAGUUCACAGAUGCUCAGAGACGUCUGCCUUCUCAUAGAUGGCCAAGAAAAUGCUCUUGCCGUGUCGCCUCUAUGCAGUUGUGUUACUGGGCCUAAUUCCUUGUUUUCCAGCAUGGAUUUGCUGCAACUCCUUACUCUUCACGAGGCGUCAGGCUGUGGGAGUAACCUGAAGCAACUGAUUUGUGCAGGGAGGAAGCGAGUGGAAAAAGGCUUUUGCUUUCCUAUUUUAUUUAUAGGAUCUUAUUUUUAAUAAAGGUUUGUACUCUC